CACAAAAGUUUCAGAGAGAAAAACCGAUUAGAUUCCCUGUCUGAGUAGACUUUCUCUCCUUCCUUGCAAAGCUUACGACUUUAGAUUUAAUAGAAUCUGCCUCUUAUUUCACUCAGCUCACGUAGCUUCUUCUCAAGAGAACUCAAGAUACUGGUGGAGGUUUCAACUUUCAAGCAUCUCCUUUUUGUAAUCAAAGAUCCUGUCUUUGAUCUCAAUCAGUUCGUAUCAAAAUCAACACUUGUUAAUCAUCAACGAGAUGGCACACCCUUUUGCUUCCAGAGAAAAUGGGUUUGGCUAUCAAGAGCAUAUGGAUGGUUUAACCAUUGGUUCUGGUGUUUGGAGUUUCAUCUCUGAUGACAUGCUCAGCUCCUCUCCCACCUCUGAGCUUGUGAAUUUCAACUCUUUCCCCACGUGGUGCAAUAUCCCUUUUGACACUGACAUGUUGUUCUCCCAGUAUGGUCAAGAAAUGAGCUCUAGGAGUCAUCAUCACUCAUUAGAUAUCGAUGAGAUAAGUGGUAAACGACGCAGUGUACUGAACUGUACUAUCCCCAGGUCUUUGAGCCACUCAUUAGAUGAGAAGAUGCUUAAAGCACUAAGCUUGUUUAUGCAGUUCUCAGGUUCAGGAGACGGCGUUUUAGCACAAGUCUGGACUCCUGUCAAGACAGGAGACCAGUACAUGCUCAGCACAUGCGGUCAAGCCUAUCUGCUUGACCCGAGGCUCUCUCAGUACCGUGAGGUCUCAAGGAAAUUCACGUUCGCUUCCAAACCAAAUCAAUGUUCUUAUCCUGGUCUCCCCGGGAGAGUCUUCAUCUCUGGAGUGCGCGAAUGGACAUCAAACGUGAUGUAUUACAAGAAGGACGAGUAUCUGCGUGUGAAGCACGCAAUAGAUAACGAAGUCUGUGGCUCCAUUGCCAUACCUGUCCUUGAAGCAUCUGGGACAUCUUGUUGUGCUGUCAUGGAGGUUGUCACAUCUGAUGAAAAGCUCAAUUUUGAUGUCGAGAUGGACUCUGUUUGCCGUGCUCUCCAGGCUGUAGACUUAAGGACAUCAGUGGUCCCUCGCCCUCAGUACCUUUCAAGUAAUCAAAGAGACGCCUUAGCUGAAAUACAAGAUGUUCUGCGAGCACUAUGUCAUGGACACAAGUUGCCUUUAGCUCUGACCUGGAUCCCAAACUCAGGUGUUCUUUGCGUAGAGGAGACAGCUUGUAAUGUGAAUGAUAUGGAGAUGGAAGGCUUUGUCCACGCGUGUUUGGAUCAUCCUCUAAGAGAAAAGGAAGGUAUCGUUGGCAAAGCUUUUGUAUCCAACCAACCGUCCUUUUCUUCUGAUGUGAAGUCGUAUGACAUCAGUGAAUACCCUCUUGUCCAUCACGCCAGAAAGCACGGUUUGAAUGCUGCGGUUGCUAUAAAGCUGAGGAGCACUUACACUGGUGAAGAUGAUUACAUUCUUGAACUUUUCUUGCCUUUAAGUUUGAAAGGAAGCUUGGAACAACAACUUUUAUUAGACAGCCUUGAGGUUACUUUGCAGAGAGUUUGUCGAACUCUGAGAACUGUUUCAGAUGUUGUGGGGGAAACUAACUCUACCACAAGCAUAUUUUCUGAAAAGUCCUCUGAUAAAGAUAGUACAGGAUCUCAAGGCACUUGUGAGCAGGAUAUGAGCAAAGGUAGAACAGCAGAGAGGAAGAAAGGCACCAUAGAGAAGAAUGUCAGCUUAAGAGUUCUCCAACAACAUUUCUCUGGGAGUCUUAAGGAUGCUGCAAGACGCAUUGGUGUUUGUCCCACUACAUUAAAGCGGAUAUGCAGACAACAUGGGAUCAUGAGGUGGCCAUCUCGCAAGAUUAAUAAAGUGAACAGGUCAUUAAGGAAAAUACAAAUAGUGCUUGACUCUGUCCAUGGUAUAGAAGGAGGACUGAGGUUUGACUCAGCAACUGGAGAGUUUGUUUCAGUUUGCUCUUCUAAUGGUAACAAUGCAUCAUGUGAGCUCUUGAAACCUGAAUCAGUCGACAAUACAAUUAAGUUAGAAGAUGAUAUCAUCACAAACGGAUCAUUCAUGGAGGUUAAUGCUUGUGAUCAGCAAUGUGCUUUGAAGGCUGAACAGUCUGGCUUCAAUGGCAGCUCUCAGGCAAUUGCAAGUGGCAAUAUUAUCGAACCUAACCGGUCCACGUCAGAUUCAUCAAAUGGCUCAGGAGCAGUUAUGCUUAGAAGCUCAUCUCCUUCUAUGGACCAUAGGAACCAAAUGAGAGCACACAAAAGCAAUAGCAGCGAGAGUGGAUCAGCAACGCUCACUGUAAAGGCCACUUACAGAGAAGACACAACACGUUUCAAGUUCGAUCCAUCAGUUGGGUGUCUACAGCUCUACAAAGAAGUUGGGAAACGCUUUAGACUGCAAGAAGGGUUGUUUCAGCUCAAGUACUUUGACGACGAAGAGGAAUGGGUGAUGCUGGUUACAGAUUCUGAUCUCCAAGAGUGUUUGGAGAUGUUAGUUGGUAUGCAAAAACAGACGGUGAAGUUUCUUGUUCGUGAUUUGCCUGCGCGUAUAGGUAGUUCUGCUGGUAGCAAUGGUUACCUAGGAGAAGGUUUAUAACACCUACUGCUCAGUUAUGUCUUCUCCUGUGAAAGAAUGUUGUUGUUUUUUUGUCAACGAAAGAAUGUUGUUUAGUUCUCGGUAUAUUAAUUUGCUUGUAAAAAAGGCAUGAGUGGGAAAGGUAAUUUUGGUAUU